AUGUACUCUCUGCUACUCCAUGGAAAAAAGUGUAUCGAGUUACAUAAAGUUUGCAACUUGAGAGCUAUUUCAGUGAAGCUUGUGCAAAAUGCGUCUCCUUUCUCCAAUUCCUUCUCCUCUGCUGCAAGUGCUGUUACGAAACUCGCGGAAUCAAUCUUAACCAAGGCAAAUCCGGGUUCCGUUCUGAAACUUCUCACAAGUUAUGGUUUCACAGAUUCUCAGAUCUCCGGGAUCAUCCGCAAUUACCCACGAUUGCUUACACUAGACGCUGAGACUUUCCUUCUUCCAAAGCUUCAAGCUUUGCAGUCCAGAGGUGCUUCAAGCUCUGAGUUUACAGAGAUUGUCUCAAAAGUUCCCAGAAUCCUGAGCAAUAGAAUGGCGAAAUCCACCGGCUUGUAUUACGAUUUCAUCAGAGACAUUAUAGAGAAGGACAAAGAAGAAGAAGGAGAUAAGACUUCCACGUUUGACUCUUCAGCAAACGGUAGGCAGGGGAAUAAGAUCCGAAACAUAACGGCGUUGAGAGAAUUGGGAGUGCCUCAACGGUUCUUAUUCACAUUGCUCGUCUCCAAGUACCAACCUGUGUGUGGGAAAGAGAGAUUCGAAGAAUCAGUGAAGAAAGUUGUUGAGAUGGGUUUUGAUCCGACGACGUCGAGGUUCGUCCAAGCUCUACACGUUGUUUACGAGACGAGCGAGGAAACGAGACAAGAGAAAGUCGAGACCUUUAAAAGGUUAGGCUUUAGUGAGGAGGAUGUGAUGGGAAUGUUCAACAAGUGGCCUUACACUUUGAAAUUCUCGGAGAAGAAGAUAGCUCAGACGUUUGAGACUUUGAAAGAGUGUGGUUUUGUGGAAGAGGAAGUGAUGUUGGUGAUGAAGAAGCGUCCGGAGCUCAUGCGUUCUUCGGAAGAGAAGGUGAGGAACUGUGUUGACAUGUUUCUUGGGAUUGGAUUCAGUAGGGAAGAGUUUGUGGCGAUGGUCAAGUGUUUUCCUAAUUGCGUUGGGUUGUCUGAAGAGAAUGUGAGGAAGAAGGUUGAGUUUUUAGUGAAGGAGAUGGAGUUUUGGUCGCUGAAGGAUGUGGUUUCGUUUCCUCCGGUUCUUGGUUAUAGUUUGGAGAAGAGGAUUGUUCCGAGGUGUAAUGUGAUCAAAGGUCUGGUGUCGAAAGGACUGAUUAAAGGAGAGAAAGGUGUGCCUCCAAUGGCGUCUGUUUUGGCGAGUAGCGAUAAGGUGUUUGUAGAGAGGUUUGUGAUGAAACAUGGCAAGCUGGUGCCUAAACUGAUGGCUAUCUUUAGUGGAGAUCGUGCUUCGUUGAGAAAAGAACACACACCGACAAAAAUGAAGAACGUUUAA